AACUCUUCCUACUGUUGCAAUGCUUUGUCAGCUAUGCCCUUCUCUCCGGUGCUGCCUCCUCCUCCUCCUCUUUCCAUUAGCCUCCAGUUCUGCUUCUAAUGGGGACACAGUGGUCAUAACCAGCAGUGGCCCUAUUAAGGGCAAGCGGUUCCUGACUGGCCCUGGAUCUGUGACAGCCUAUCUAGGCAUUCCUUAUGCUGAGCCUCCCCUGGGGAAGUUGCGCUUCCAGAAACCUCUUCCACAUCAGCCAUGGACUCAAACUUUGGAGGCCACCAGCUUUGGCAAUUCCUGUCCUCAAUUUAUUUUCCGGGAUCUCCCUGAAGCAGAGACAAUUACUCCUAAAACACCACUGUCAGAAGACUGCCUUUCCCUCAACAUCUGGGUGCCACACCCACAACCUUCUUCCCCAGUGCCUGUUUUGUUCUGGAUACACGGAGGGGGAUAUUUCAUGGGCUCAUCUUCUCUGGACAUAUACAAUGGGGCCUCCUUAGCUGCCACUGAGAAUGUCAUUGUGGUCUCCAUCAAUUAUCGCUUGGGAGCCCUAGGCUUUCUUUACUUGCCACAAGCUGCUCCAGGGAACCUGGGCUUAUGGGACCAACAGCUGGCCCUGAAGUGGAUAAAAGAGAAUGCAGCUGCCUUUGGGGGAGACCCUUGUCGGGUGACCAUUUUUGGCGAGAGUGCUGGAGGAUCUUCCGUGAAUUUCCAUCUUCUUGCGUCAAAAAGCCAGGACCUUUUUGCCCAAGCGGUGAUCCAGAGUGGAACAGCCAAUGUUUUCUCGGCUUGGAGGUCUCCUGAGGAAGCCAAACGGUUAUCGCUGGAAUUUGCUCAUUUGCUAGGUUGCUCCGAGGACAGCAAUACCAGCAUACUGCAUUGUCUGGAAACAAAAAAUGUGUCUGAAUUUAUUCGGCAUGAAAUAUCUAUGUUCUUCAAAGGUGGCUUCUUUCUGGAUUUUCCCUUCAGGCCAACCGUAGAUGGGGAUUUUUUGCUUGAUGAUCCAGAAAAGCUCAUGGAGGAGGGGCAAAUUCAAGUCAAACCUGUCCUCAUAGGAAAAACCUCUGAUGAAGGAGCCACAUUUGUCUCUUAUGUUUUCUCUAACAUCACCCACAAUCUCAUCAAUCAGGAGCAGCUUCUGAAAGGGAUAAGACUAUUGGUGCCAAAUGCAACUGAAGACUUUGUUCAGAAGAUUGCCCUGAGGUACAGUGAAGGAAAUCAGGGCCCAGCCAAAUACCGCUCUGCUCUGUCCCACUUCUGUACAGAUUGGAUCAUUGCAUGCCCAUUGAUUGAAGCUAUAAGAAAUUUCCAGAAAACAGGGAGUCCUGUAUAUGCCUAUUUAUUCGCACAUCGCCCUUCAGGGUCAGUCUGGCCUGAAUGGAUUGGGGCAUCCCACGGUGCUGAGCUUUCUUAUGUUUUUGGGACCCCUGAAUCCGUGCUUCCUGUCAAUCAAACGUACACAGAGGCUGAAGCCAGACUGAGCCGUAAGAUGAUGCAAUACUGGGCAGAGUUUGCCAGAACUGGGAAUCCUGCUGAGGAUGAGUGGCCGCUCUAUAAUGCCACAGAGCAGAAUUUCUUCCUUCUUAAUACUGAGCCAUUCCAGCAAAGGGCGAUCGAGCACUGUGACUUUUUAAAGAGCCAUUUUUCAAAGGCUGAAGAGCCACAGAAGUCCGAAGGUGAUUCUGUUUGAAGAAGAGAGGAGAGAAAAGCAUUCUGGAAUCUCUGCUUUGCCUAUUUCUUGAACUGGCCUAACAUGAAGGGCUGCCAUUUAAGUUGAAUCUCUUUGAAAAUCCACAUCUUAAAGGCACUAUUUGAAGACGUAGCUCCAGUGUUGUUGGCUUCAGAAUAGCGGUUGUGUGUUUAUUUCUCUCAGGAACCAAUCAAGACUUUUCCUUAAAGCCUGGGGAAAUGAUGACAAGCUGUGCCAGAGAACCUUCCGGAAGGAUCCAUUGUCUUUUCAGAGACUGACUAGGGGGAACUUGGAAGACGAAUAAGGAGACAACUAAACCCCACAUAGCUUUUGCUGUAAAAAUAAUAAACUGCUAGGUGUAAUUUGUUAUAUCUUGAUUUGAGACAGGCUUUUAAUUACACCCCCCCCCCCAAAAAAAAAGAACCUCUUAAUAAAUACUGUCUGAAUUCUUUGGAUAAAUAUCCUGUUAUUUUCACAAUGUAAACACUUGAUGCAAUAUGGAAAAACAAAUAAAGGAAACAGGAAUUCUGCCAAUUUUUUCUAUAA